GCCGUUUGGCGAACUAGAUCCAUCUUCGUCUCCUAUCGCUUUGUACUUGCUUAGUAGUAUUAUAUAGUAUGUAGUAUAUAUUAUAUAGACCUUUAAUAACGAGUCUGUUAACUUAUGGCUUUUAAAAUAUUUUGUAUUGAUGCUUCAAAAAAAUCAAUCUUCAGAUGAGCAGGAAUGAGCGAACAAGACAAAUAUUGUUCAUAAACUACUGAAGAUGGGGUGUAUGUGUGGCAAGGAAUCUCUUCAUGUGGAAAACAAACGUUACUUCAUUCGAUCUAGACUCGGUGAAGGGGGCUUCAGUUAUGUAGAUUUGGUAGAAGAAUCGUCCACACGCAAACUCUUUGCUUUGAAAAGACUGACAUGCCAUUCAAAAGAGGAGGAGAAUGUGGCUCUCCAGGAGGUAGAAAUAAUGCGCCGUAUUAGCCAUCCAAAUGUUGUGCCUCUUGUUGGUCACAUGGUAGUACAGGUUGGCCACCAUUCAAAAACCAUGGACAUUGUUAGUGAAGUCUUCAUUGUCAUGCCAUACUAUAGCAGAGGAAGUCUUCAGGACCUUAUAGAUCGUCAUGCUCAAAUGUCAAAAGUCAUUCCAGAAGGCACCAUCUGGGCACAUUUCUUAGGCAUCUGUAAAGGAGUUGGUGCAUUGCAUCAUCACAGCCCUCCUUAUGCUCAUAGAGAUCUAAAACCAGGUAAUAUCAUGAUGAUGGAGGAUGGAACACCUGUUGUGAUGGACCUUGGCUCAGCAACAGUGGCUCUGGACAUUAAGUCACUCAGGGAAGCAACAGCUCUUCAGGAUCUGGCUGCUGAACGAUGCUCAAUGCCAUACAGACCUCCAGAACUUUUUACUGUUGAAACCAAUUCAAGCGUUGAUGAGAGGACAGAUAUAUGGUCACUUGGAUGUACCCUGUAUGCUAUGGCAUAUCUGGAGUCACCUUUUGAUAAAGUAUACCAAACUGGAGGCAGUAUUGCUUUGGCUGCUAUGGCAGGCAAGAUUAAUUUCCGUGAAGGCUUGAGAUGCAGUCAAGAUCUACGUGAGAUGAUUAGCUGGCUGAUGAACGUGAAUCCAAGGGAUCGUCCCUUCAUUGAUCAAGUCAUCCAGAAAGUGGAAAGUUUGUCCAGCACAGCAGCAAGGCCUGCACCUGAGUACAAUCAAUGCUAAAUUCUUCUGCUGCAAUAAUGUUUCGGGGUCUUCCUCAAUGCAGUUCUUCCAUAGUGUUCAUCUGAUUAAACAUGGAGCUAGCAACUUCAGUUUUCUUAAAAAACUUUUUAAAUAACAUAAAUAGUAGAGUUAACAAUUGUUAAGCAGAAAACUAAAAAAAAAUAAAAUCCCAAGCAUCGGAGUACUUCUAAACUGUUGCAUUCAGAAAGCCUUAUUUAUCCUCAUCACGUAGUUUGUGGGCUAGGCUAACAUCAGAACCUGAUAUACUCAAGUGAUGUUUUGUCUAGAUACUGUUACAUCCUACAAUCCUGUUUUUUUUUUUUGUAUUUGUAAAGAUUCUUCUCCAGCCUUUCUCUCUGCUCUAGAAUCCUUUAUUGCACAGAUCUCAAAAGAUAUUAGGACUUUAACCCACAACUACUAUAUUCUUAUUAUUAAUGGCGCUCAGUAAGGAGAUUCAUGAUAAUUGAACAGUUGGUCUCCUCUCUUGUCCUGGAUCUGCACAAGAGAAUGGAUGGUUUUUUUUUGAACUAACCUUUUAUCAGUGGUACCAUCAACCUGUGAAUAUUUGUGAAGUGUGUAAAGGGGUGGCUGGCUUGAUAUCCUAGGACUGAUUUCUUCAUCCUUAUUUCCUUACUUUUGGGAGGGGUUUUUUUCUCCACUCCCUGGUCCAUUGUCUCUCAAAUCUUCAGUGAUACAUUAUUAUUGUUUUAGCCAUUCUUAUUCGUGUUCUUGGUCCUUUUGUAACUGAGGAGAGCACUUAAUGUACUUUGACAACACUUCUGCAACUUAGUUUAAUUGUAUGGUGGUGAUGACAUAAUUUGUGUGGUUUGUAAGAAAAUUAUUAAUUUUAUUUAAAUUAUUUUGUACAGUAUCUAAUAGUUAGCUUUUUCUGUAUUUGAUCUGCUUGACCAUAAGUACUACACUUUGGUUAUUGAAGUAACGUGAAAUACAAGUGAAUAUUUACCAAGAUUUUUCAAACACAGCAUGUGAGAUUGUUAACUCACUAUAUAAUUCCAAAUCAUUUGGACAAAAAAUGGUUCCUGAUGGAACUUUUCUAUGUUGAGCUUAAUGCAUUUGUAGUUUUUUUCUUAUUUAACAUUGGAAGCUGGUGUCCAUAACAGAUGUAAGAGAUGCCAAUAUUCACAACUACUGUUUAAUAAUAUGAUGGAUGGCCAUGUGCCCUAGUUAUUGGUGCAAAAACAUUCCUAUUUUCCAAUAUAAAAUUCUGCAUAAUGCAUGCAUUUAAAGUAUUAUGUUGGAGAUCAUUGUUCAUCAUAUUCACAUUUUUUUCCUUCUAAAAUGUAAGUCAUUACUCUUGCAUUGUUUUAAAAUGUGGGUGUUUUAACAGAGAAGGGUUUGGGUAUUUGGUUUUGGUGGCACUGAAGACACUUAAGUGCUUAUUCCAAAAGCAUUUAAAGCAUGUCUCCAAAAUGCAUGUCGAUAUAUAUUUCCCUUUUUCACUGUACACAACUGUUUAGUUAUAUACUAUUCAUGAACAAAAGUUAUUCCAAAGAUUGGAGAAGAGCAAAACAGUUUUAUGACUGCCACUAUAAUGAAGUUUUGUGUGGAUGUUUUGCACUUAUAUUUUAAAAAAGGUGUGAAAUUCAUCUUAUUUACCAACAUUUUUCCUAGACCAGAAAGGAAAAGAAAAACCUUUAGGGUGUAAACCAGAAAUCUGAAUCCUAAUAAACUUUGCACAAAAAAAACAUUAAUUUCUUGCUGACAAUACAAAUGUAAACCAUAUCUUGCAUGUAUUAUUUUUUUGAAAGACAACUUUAACAAUAUGCAUGUUUGAAAAGUCCUUUCAAAUAAUGCAUUGAUUGAAAUAAACUCUUAUAUAAA